GUGUGGUACCAAAAACAUGACAAACUAAAUGCCUGUCAUUACAGAACGCUGCUAGUGGUCAUGGCGCAUUGACUCUCUCUGCAUCCUCCAACCCGCUGAAGACCUUCCCUUUGACAUCCACACCAGUGAAAACCUUUCCCUCGGACCAAGGACUAUCGACAUCGUGCCCCGACACACCUGGGACCCUUGAUUCAAGUUUUAGCACUGUGGGUGAAGCAGACGAAAACUAUCAGCCAAACACAACUGUCACCCCCACGUCAACGUCUUCAUCAGAAGAUGAAGGCAUCAAUGACUGGCAUGGAAAGAAGAUCAUUGUGAAUGAGUCCUGCUUGAUGUCACUUUUCAAAUUUUGCCAGAUGUGCGGCAAGCCUCUGUCAUCAAAAACUGUCUUUGACUGUGGGGCGCAAAGGAAGGUGACGUGGACAUGUCUUGCUGGACAUUCCGGGACAUGGACAUCAUCGCCUGAAGUGAGGGGAAUGGCAGAGGUGAACCUCCUCGCAGCGGCAGCUGUUCAGUUCAGGGGUGGCACGUACACUGAACUGUCAGACUGGUGCAAGACCAUGAAUGUCCAAAUGAUCGCCAAGACUACAUUUUAUGAGAUGCAGAAGGCUUACUUGCACCCUGCCAUUGAAGACCUAUAUCAACAACAGAGAAAAGAAAUCAUGGCCAGAGUGUACCUAGAACAGGAGGAUGGGAAGAAGCUACACUUGUCAGGGGAUGGCCGGUGUGACACCCCAGGUUUCAGUGCCAAGUACUGCCAUUACACCCUCAUGUUGGACGACACCAAGGAGAUUAUUCACACAGAACUGCUGCAGUCUACAGAAGCCGGCAGCUCUGUUGCCAUGGAACCACUCGGUUUCAAAAGGGGCAUGAAGGAGAUCAUGGGUGAAGGCUUAGAUAUUGAAGUGAUGACCACGGACCGCUCAACAUCGAUACGUAAGAUCAUGAGGGAAGAAUUCCCCAAUGUUCAGCAUGAGUUUGACAUCUGGCAUACAGCGAAAGGUAUGUAUUUUUUGCCUUCUCUGUACACACACAACGAAACAUAA